AUCAUCUUCUCCUCGCCCUUUGUUUUCUUUGCGAAUUUUAGGGUUUCAGUAAUCGUUGAAAAUUUUCUUGAUUCCGCAAGUGAGAUUUCCAUGAUAAUGAUGGAUGAUGCGAAUGACGCCUAAUCUAACAAUCAUUGCUGCAAGAGGAACAUCAAAAUAAACUUCAGGAUAAGCCGUCUUUUAAUGAUUUGGAAUACUAAUUCAGUCUGCAUUUCGUCUUCAAUAUGAGCAAUUCUCGUGGUCAAGAUCAAGAAACACCGGUUGUGGCUGGUUUUGAAGUCCCGAGAUCACCUGAUGCAAGUUACAACAACGUGUAUACGGCGAGCGAAGAUGACGGGCGGGACCCGCCCGUGGUUCCACAACACUUGCAACACACCGUACUGAGCUGCCCGACAACUGGGGGGCCGUGUGCCCCACUUCCGGACCCGCAACACGUGGUCCUGAAUCAUCUGUACAUCGAAAACCGAGAGUCCCCACGUACGGUGGUGGCACUCGGUUUCUCCCAUCGGUUUCGAUCCAAGUACGUGAAUGUUGUACUGUAUAAACCAGUUCAGAGAAGGGGGAGUAGCAGCACUUGAAGGAAAAGAAGGCUUCCAUUUAUGAAAAUUGUUAAGGAGUCGAAUGUUGAUAAAUUUUUUGAACCUUUUAUUUACACAUUUAUGGCUACCAUUUGUAUUUUUGUAAAUUGAAGAUUGCUCAAAUCUCGUAUUUUUACUAUUUU